GUGGAGCAGCCGCCGUCUGAUGACACCUGUGGCUCGACCCCCACGAUCAGUUCAGCCGCGACCGUCCACGCGCCGUCUUGUAACGUUUUUGUACAGUCACCACUUCAAUAUACGUAUAUAUACACAUACACGUCCAUGGAUACAUCGCACGCGCAAUUCACGUGUAUAAGUAUGCAUAUAAAUGCUAGUAGGUGUACACGUGUAAACGAGUAAUUUUUAUUCUUUACCACGUGACAAACCGUCGUGCGCAUCUGCCAUUAUCGUGAGCGAACUGUCAUUGUGCUCUUUUUUUGUGCAAGAUAAUAAAGAAGAGGAACGCAAGGAAUAAUUAUUCUUUCCAGUCGCAAAUUUGGAAAAAUCCAUCAAGUGCAGCUUGAAGAUUAAUUUACAACAUCAAAGAAAAUAAAAAAGUCAUUUAAAUAAAAUUGAUGAGGGUUGAUUCGUAAAACGUAUUAACUACUUGUUAAUAGUGUUAUCUAAUUGUUAUUUUAACGAAUGGAUCUUAAUAAUGUCAUUAUAUUUAACUUACAAAAUAUGGUUAUUUAAUUCAUGAUUUAACGUUUUUUCGUGACAUGCGUUUACGUGAGUGUCAAUUAUUUUUCAAUUCACUUUAUCAUUUUUGUUUUUUUAUGGAAAACGAUGCAUCGUGUAUCUAGUUAACCGAAUAUAACAUCGGUACGGUGAAUGGAAAGUUAACAGAUCACGCGACAGUGAUGCAGUGCCGUAGUGUCAGUGCCAAGUGCCACGUGCCUAUUGCUUGGAUUACUUGAAGAUGCCGUCGUCCGGUGGAUACUAUGACGACAGGAAUCCUUUGCUCAAGGGCACCUUAUCGAGCGUGGAACGGGACCGGCUUCGGGAGCGGGAACGACAGGCCCGCGCGGCGAUGUCGGUCCAGGCCGAACAAGCGGCUGCAGGAGGUGGUCCUGACACCAGACACCAUCAUCAUGGCCACCAUAAUCACGCUCACCAUCACGUUAAUCCUCAUGCCGUCACUGCACCACUCUUCCGUGCUCCCGUCAGGGUGAAUCCGGACGCCCGGGACAGUACGACGCAGCAGAUUCAAUCAAAAUUAGGUAACUACUCGUUGGUGAAACAUCUACUGGACGAGCCGAAACGGCUGAUCGGCAUCGAGGGUGUACCGCCAAGCCCUGCCCCGCCACCGACCUCCUCGUUUCUUCGAAUGAGUUCCAGUUCGGUCGGCGCGAAUUCCAGGAGCUCGCCCUCCUCCCAAGAAUUUAAAAAACCGGGAGGGCCUCGCCCCGAUGCUUCCUCCUCUUCGUCGUCCUCGACGUCAUCUUUGUCCUCGUCGUCGUCGUUGUCGUCGUCGUCGUCGUCGUCGUCGUCGUCGUCCUCGUCGACUUCGACUUCGACGUCGAAUCAUCAACGGGGUGGUUUCGUGAAGCCAGCCGACGGAAAGCCGCCGUACGGAGGCAGGGGUGGUUACCCCGGCCAGCCGAUGAAGCACGGGGGCAACAGCAACGAUCAUAGGAGCCACGGUUUAUUACCCGCCAAAGGACCGCCCACGAAUUCGCCCGGGAACGGAACGCUCGCUGGCAAUUCCAGUAUCGGGAAUUCCAGCGGCAGCAGGCUUCACUGUGUCGGCAGCAGACUGUCCAGGUUACCUCUCGAUAACGGCAGCUCGAGACCCGGCCCCACCGAGAAUUCGGCCGAUGUGGAGAAUAUAUUAAAAGAAAUGACCAUGCCACCCACACCCCUCACGGCCAUCGCCCAGACGCCGAGGAAGGAGCUCGAGUCGAAGUUCACGUUCAAUCCUGUGAUGGCGAAGUUGACCGAAGUGACGCCGCAGGAAGCCACGAAGCCUCAACGCGACCGGCACACUGCUAAUAGGCUAUCGGCGGACUUGGAACGCGAUUUAAGCCUGAGCGAGGACAGCGAGGAUGAGGCAAGCAAGGAAACGUCAUCGCGGACAACGAGGGGAAACAGAAGCCCCGACCUCACGGUCGAUUUAUCGAUACCGGCGAUGACGCCUGCCCCGCCGCCCCUGGCGCCCAUGUCGCCCAUGGGCCCGUCACCGGUCGGCCCUUUGUCGCCCACGAGGCCGCUCAGCCCGAGCAGGCCUCCAUCACCGCCCAAACAGAUGACGCCGGAGCAAGUGAUCUCGCCUGCACCGGUCAGCCCCCUGCAAUCGAAGGGGUCCCCGAGCCCCAACACGCACCAGAGGCCGCCCAGCCCUUCGGGCCAGGCGAUGCAGAGCUCCGGAAGCGCGAGCUCCACAUCCGACACCGGCUCCGACUCCGGCUCGGACAGCAGCGACGAUUCCGAGGAGGAAACCAGCCCCCCGCCCACGAAAGGGCCCUCCACCCCUCCCUCCGUGUCACCAAAGAACGAAAACAUGAUAGAGGAACCACCGCCUGCGAUCGAGGAGCCGAAAUCGAGGAGUUGGAACUUGGAGUCGUUCUUCAAUAAGACGAAUGCCAUGCCCCACGGGGAACAGAAUUCGGAGAACAAACAGACGCAGGAUUGCAACAGGCGGCAAGAUUCCCCUAUGGUGACAACGGUGGACGCCAGAGCGCACAGGAACAAGACGGCGCACGACUGGCAGCUCGACGAGGCCUUGAAAAGGACCCGCAACAUGACCAUGAUGAGCGUGUUGUACAGCGACAGCGAUCGGCCCUCGGAUCAGGAGAAGGGCCAGCCUGUGGAGGAGAAUCGGGCGCAGCCUGAGAAGCCAAAGGUGGACGCGAGGAAACGCGGCCGACCGAGGAAACCGACGAAUCCGAAAGCCGGGCAUCGAACGUCGGACGAGAGUUUGAAGAACGGGAAACCUCGCAGCAGAACGAGAGGGGUGGGCAAUCACAUGAAGAAGAAACCGCCCCUCUCCAAGGCGAACAUAUCUACCAGCGAGGAUGAGAGCGACGACAGGUCGCAGGGGGCGUCGAGCGACUCGGACAGCGAUCGACCGACCAGGGUGUCGCCUGGAGUGGCGGCUAUGAACGACAAGAGGAGGUCUAGAUUGAGCGGUUCCUCGAGCGAAGACGAAAGCCCGCCCAAGGGGAAGAACAACAACAACAACAACAACGUGUCCGAGGACGACACCUCGCGUUGGAGAAGGAUGACCAAUAUCAAGAGAAGCAAGUUGGGGGAUUCGCCGAAGAAACAGGAGAAAAAGAGCCCCGCGAAGGCGAAACCUAGAAGGUCCAACUCGCGGGUGAACAAUGGAUCCGAUUCCGACAGUGAGUCGGAAAUAGUGAGGAAUCGUAUCCAGGUUGCCAGAGUACCUCCGAGGCCGAGAGUCCCACCGACCCGAGAUUCUUCUCCGGAAAACUCGGACAGUGACAACAGCCCGGGUCCGAAGUUGCAAGAAGAGGACGCGGGUAACGUACAGGACAAGAAGAAGAGCGACACUCUUCGAAAGGUGUUCUCGUCUUCGAUAGGGGGAGGGAAGGGCGGUGGUAAGGGGGGUAAAGGUGGUAAAGGCGGUGGGAAAUGCGGCAUUUUUGUGGAAGAGUAUACGACCUCCGCGAAUACACCGACAGGCGGGGAGAGUCCGUACAAGAGACCAUCGUCACAGGCGUCGAACGUGACUCAAUCUUUCCCUCCGCUCACGCGCGUGAACGGCGUGCCGAGUUUGUAUUGUAGAAUCGAGCUGAGCAAACUUCAGCAUAUCUCGCAGUUAUCGAGGGGUCAAGAGUUGAGACAACGCACAGAACUUCCAAAUACGAGGCCGUCCUCCAGACAAGCCUCGACGCUGACGCAUCAACCCUCUCGACCGCCUACGCCGGAGGAAGGGGAGAUUGUCGACACGCCGCCGCCUCAACAGGACGCGAGGAUUCACGGUGACGCGUUGCUGGUCGACAGUGAUCUUAAAAAUCGCGCUGUGAUCAAGGGCGAACCUAUAUCGGACGGAAAGAGUAAUUGUGGUAUAGGCCUCGCCGCAGGUGUCGUCGGUGCAGGUGCUAGUGGAGCAAGUGGUGCUAGUAGUACGGGUAACGCGCCCAAGAGGAAACGUAAUCCGAGUUGUAGUUCUGUGUCCAGUUUGAGUACUGUGUGUUCCAUAGAUACGAAGACGAAAGGGUCGGGAGAGCACAAAGACAGGAAGAAGAAAAAGAGGAAACAUGGCGACGUCGAAUCUGUUACCGUUUCAUCGAGGCCAUCUUCCAGUCAGCAAAAUGACAUUCAACCUACGAAUCACGAACGGGAAGAAAAGCCUGACACUAGUUUAUUGCCACCACCACCGCCGCCUCAGCGUAUUUAUUACUCCUACUUCAAUCCUCAAAACGAAGUUUUGGAGGAUCAGGAUAGGUGGGACCAGAAUCAGUACCUGAUGGAAGCAAAGCGGCUGAAGCACAGCGCCGAUAAGGAGUGCGAGCUCACGGCGCAAGGUAUGCUUUACCUAGAAGCCGUGUUAUGCUUUUUACUUACUGGAAAUGCUAUGGAGUCGGAUCCUCUCACGGAGAGAGCGUCGUUUACUAUGUAUAGGGAUACGCUCAGUCUCAUCAGAUAUAUUUCCUCCAAGUUCAAGAGCCAGCAAAACAACUCGCCCGAGAGCAGUAUACACAACAAACUGGCCAUUUUGAGUCUGUUUUGCCAAUCUCUUAUAUACUUGAAACUGUUCAAGAUGCGAAGACACGAGAUCAAAGAGAGUCAAAAAAUUUUGAACGAUUAUCAUCAAAAGCCUGCUCAGGCAACAACGGUUCAGCCAGAGGGACAAGGAACGCCAUCCUUAUCACCGACACCGUCACCCGCCGGUUCCGUGGGUUCCGUUGGCAGUCAGAGUUCCGGAUACAGUAGCGGCGAACUAGCGAAUCGGGGAGCAGCUUCGGGCCAACCGCAACCUGCUCCGUAUGUUAGCGUUCCACUCAACGUGCACAACGCUAUGGCGAAACAGAAUCAUCAUUUCAGUUUAUUGGUGAGCUGUCACGAUCUCUGGGACCAGGCAAACGCUCUGGUAACGGAUAAACAUAGAGAUUUUUUCAUCGAGCUGGAUGAAAAAUUGGGACCUCUCACUUUGAAAAGUUCUUUACGCGAUCUGGUACGCUACGUUCAAGCUGGUAUAAAGAAGCUUCGAGAUCUCUGACCACAGUGGCAUAGCCCCCGACCGCCCACCCCGAAUUACAUUACUUCUCUCCCACAAAAUAUGGCUACGUAUCCAACGAUAUACACAUAAAGAAAUCGAAUUAUUUGGAAGAGAUUUGGAGUAGAUUUAGAAAACGUACGAUCCUCAAUCGUAUGAUUAUAGUAACGUAACGCGCGUUAGGAGAAACGUUGAAAAUCGGGAGAGAAAUCUGUUCUCAUUUCAACGAAUAAGGAUUAUUCUGACGGGGUUUAAGGAUUCAAGGUGGCCUGGGGAGUAACGAAGAAAGCGUUGCCGAUGAUAUGAUAUUCGAAAAUUCGACUAAUUACGUUUCUUCGUUCAGGGAACUCAAGAAAGCGUGUCCUGGCAUUUAAAAAAAAAAAAAAAAAAAAAAAAAAAAACUCAGAGCACCAACUUUAUAGUCAAUUCAGAAUAAAACUCGUCAAGAAGAAAGAUCGUUGUGGAUCCACGAUCGGUGCGUAGAAAGAAUCUCUUCUAUUCUGUGCAUAGCACGCGUUACUUAUUUUCGACACGAGGAUGGAGAACGAGUGUGUGAAAAUUAAGGAAAAAGAGAUCGAAAUGGAGCGUCAUAGAUGCUCGAAGAAGAUGAGGGAGUACACUGGUCCCUAUUUUUUUCGGACUGAUCAUUUUUGUAAAUUAAAAAUGAAAUAGAAUCGAAGAUGCAAAAGAAAAAGUAGAGGAUGGAUUAUAAAGGAAAGAAAGGAAUUAGAAGAUGGAAUUAGAAGUGCCACAGAAGCGCCCGUGUGUUCUCGCUUUACGGUGCGCCGCAGCCGACGUUACCUGAAGCAUGAGUUUCGUCUUGGCGAUUCGAGUGCGAAGAAUACACAAAAAUAUACAUAUAUGCAUAUAGUUUAUUACCUAUAUAUAUAUAUAUAUAUAUAAAUAAUAAAAUAUAUAUAAAUAAUUAUAAAAAUAUAGAUAUGAAAAUAUAUUUAAUGAAAAGAGAACCAACGCGUCGCGCACGCCGGCAUUUUGUUUUUAGCGGAAAACAAAAUAAGAAAAAUAUGGCGACUGCGGAAAUCGCGAGGACUAGUUGAAGUUAGAGGAAAAAUAAAGAGGUGAAGAGGCAGGGAUGGGAGAAAUUUAGUGUGAUGAUGCAUUUCUCUUGGAUUGAGAUGCAACACGAGCAACAAGAUCAACAAUUGAUCCAAACCGAUAGAACAUUGCUACUACUAUUACACUACUAUUACUACCACUACUACUACUACUAUUACUACUAUUACUACUACUACUAUUACUACUACUACUAAAAAUGUCUUACGUCUGUGAACAAGGACACGACUCUUUUUUUGUAGAUAGGUUACGAAAGAAAAAAAGUAACUUAGAUUAGAUAAUUAAUAAAUACGCAACAAGAAAAACAAAGUUAAACGAUAACAGAAGAAAUAAAACAUAAACAUAUUAUUUACAUUACUUAGAAUUAAACGGGGAAAUAAGUAGAGGUUCUAGUGAUGAGGAAUAAAAAAAAAAAAAAAAAGAAUAUUCGAAUAAUUACACAUAGUGCGUACACCACAUUAAAAA